AUGGUUAGAACUAGAAGUUUAGGGUGUGCCUUAGGCAAAGUUAUAGGAAGAGCCCUAGGGAGAGGGAAUAAUCGUGAUUCAGAUGAUAUUCCUCAGCGACGAAGGUCCACAGCAUCCGCACAUAGACAACGGGAAGUUGUUGUUGUUUAUGAGGAUGCUCCUCACGUGGAUGACGCAGCUGAAGAGCUAUUCCAACAUGCUGAAGAAGUUGUUGAUGAUGCCGAGGGUUUUCCAGGCGGACCUCGUGACACAUUAGUGUUGACUGCCUAUGCUGAUCAUGAACAUCCUGAAUUGAAGUUAUCGUCCCAUGGAAGGAAAGUUCAGAAAUUCGGGAGGCCUGCUGUUGAGAUUGAAGGGUUGGUUGCUGCCACAGGAUUAAGUUCUUUGAUCACAUGUUCAUUGGACACUGGCGAUCGAGGACUUAUAUCCGCUUUUGUUGAGAGGUGGUUUAAGGAAACGAGCAGUUUUCAUCUUCCAGUAGGAGAGGUCACCAUCACCCUAAAUGAUGUGGCCUCUUUGCUCCAUCUGCCCAUCAUAGGAGCAUUCCACAGCUUUGACACUCUUCAUGUUGACGAAUCGGUGUUGAUGUUAGUGGAGUUACUUGAAGUUACUGGAGAUGAAGCUAGAGUUGAAACAGUGCAGUGUCAUGGGGCAUUGGACUGUAGCAGCUAG